AUCAAAGUGGGAGAUCCCGCCCAGGACUUUGGGACGUUUUUCUCUGCGGUGAUUGAUGACAAGUCUUUUGCACGGAUAAAGAAAUGGAUCGAGCACGCCAAGAAGUCGUCCAACCUCACCAUCCUGGCGGGAGGCGGCUGCGACGACAGCGUUGGGUACUUCAUCGAGCCGUGCAUCGUGGAGAGCAAAGACCCGCAGGAUCCCAUCAUGAAAGAGGAAAUUUUUGGCCCCGUCCUCACGGUGUACGUCUACCCGGAGAAGCGGUACAAGGAGGUGCUGGAGCUGAUCGACACCACCACGCCCUACGGCCUCACGGGAGCGGUCUUCGCCCAGGAGAAGAGAAUCAUCGACGAAGCCAGGACCCUUCUGCGCAACGCGGCCGGCAAUUUCUACAUCAACGAUAAGUCGACGGGCGCCGUUGUGGCUCAGCAACCCUUCGGAGGCUCCCGCAUCUCAGGCACCAACGACAAACCGGGUGGUCCCCACUACGUCCUGCGCUGGACCUCUCCCCAGGCCGUCAAAGAGACGCACGUGCCCCUGGGGGACUGGCGCUACGCCUACAUGCAGUGA